AUGGGCCGGCCGUCAAGGAGCGCGCAAGCCGAAGCCAAGAGCGUCGGCAGCUGGAGCAGGAGCGCAUGUCUUCGUACACGGACGACGCCUUCGAACGCGUCCCCGUACCUGGUGGUGGACAACAUCGGCCGCCUGCGCGUGGACAGUGUGAGCGACAGCGACGCCCACGACGACGUGGCGUACGGCGAGCUGGCCCAGCCGCGGCCCGAGAUCAUUUUGCGCUGGAAGCGCUUCGCCGUGCUCGUGGGCUUCGUGGUGAACAAGAACGUCCCCGUGGACAAGGCGGACAUGGUCAACUCGUACAUCGGUCUCAUCAUGGGCUUCGUCGAGUCGUUCGUGGGCCUGGGCGUGGAGGAGAUCUUCUCCGUCUUCAUCGUGUACCUGCACAACCUGCGCUGGUACCCGGGCGACGACCCGGCCACCAAGAGGCAGAGCAAGUUCAAGAAGUUCUCGCUCACGAUCUUCAUCCCGGCGGUCAUGAUGGCCGUGAUCAGCUCCAUCAACAACUCCUCGACCAACGCCACGGCCACGAGGUUUCUCAUGCAGGAGGUGACGGAGCUAGGAUGGACAGGACUGGCUGACUCCAUCUUGAAGACGGCGCUAGAGAGGAGAGUGGACCCCAUGCUGCCGCUGGACACGUCGCGGUGCACCGCGGAGGAGUCGGAGCUGCUGUCAGCGCAGUCACUGCUUGCUGCAGCCCCGAAGGCGGCUUUCGAAGAAGUGACCAAGCGCUACGAGGUGGCGUAUCCUGGUGCGGGGAAUGCUGAUAGAGACGUGCAGCUGAGCGAGGUGAUGCCACUGACGACAGCUUACGAGUUGUGGACGCAAGGGAAAUCUGUCUUGCUCAAGAGCGUACGAGCAACUUCCAGUGGCCAAGUGAGCACAGCACCAUCGACAACGGGCGAGCUUUUGGGAAGGGGGGCUUCUUUGGAUGCUUCCUUUGAGAGGAUGGCCCUGAGCUCCUUGACGGACAUGGAUGUAAUGACACUGAAAGUGCCGCUGCGCGCCCCGACCAACUCCUCCGUUGUCUGCGGUGAGAUGACUUGUGCGCUACUGGAGCCAGUGCGGAGCUGUCUCCUGUAUGGUUUAACAGCGGAGACCACCGGUGUUUCUGAUGACCAGGGCGAGAUUGAACGUUCGUUGGUGCUGUCGUUUUGCGACACUGGCGCUUCCUGCCAAGUAUUGCACCACCAGCUCGAAGAUGGUGACCGUUAUUUGGUUGUGCCUAAGCAACUGUUGCCUGCUAUGGUGGACACAAUGGCAGCUCUUGCUGAUACAAAUUCCCGUCAACUCAAGGUCUUCCGGGCGAAUACCAAGGUGGGAAAUAUCUGUACCUGGACGAGAUGCGCGGUGCUGUUGUUGUUGACAGUCUUGACCCUGGUGCUGCCGAACGAGCGAGCUCGGCUCUCUCCUCCUCGUGGAGCAAUGCCCGCACCGAAAAAGCAGAUUUACCCCAACCUGAUUUACAAGAAACGCUUCCUGAUCGGCAAAACCGGCGAAGAGAUUAAGUUCGGCGAGUUCGCCGUCGAGUCCGUCGGCCUGUACCACAAAAUGGAGGAAGGCAAGCAGAUCUACAUUUGA